AUGCCCAAGAAAGCAGGCACCCCUAAGAAGAAUAAGAUCAUAUUCAUUACCCCAACAAGUAAGGAGAUCAUCAACAGAAAACAGUUGGAACAAUACCUGAAAUCACAUCCUGGAAAUCCAGCCAUAUCUGAGUUUGAUUGGGGAACUGGUGAAACCCCAAGGAGGUCAGCCAGGAUCAGUGAGAAAGCAAAGCAAAUCUGGACUACUGUUCUACUAUUGGAGUUCAAACCCAGUGCUCAAACAGUGAUUACUGCUAUUUCAACACCACUUGAAAGAGUACUUUUGUACACUGUGCCAUCUGAUAUAGAGCCAAUUAUAUUACUGAAAUCUUCACAAGCUGCUUCUAGUUCUGAUCACUGGAGCUUUGAAGUUGAAGCAGGAGAAGGCCAAGGAACAGGAUGGUGCACUGGUGGCUUAGAAUCAAGUGGUGGAUUUGAUGGAGAAAGUGAAGGUGGACUUGUUGGUGGCCUAGGUGAUGGUGAAGGGACCAAAGAAUCUGGUGGGGAAGCAUGUGGAGAAUCUGGUGGUAAUGAUAUAGAUCCUGAUGGAGGAUAUGGAAAAGAUGAGAAUGGUGAAUUUGAGGGAGAGACUGAAAGUGAAACCGUUGAUGGAUCUCGUUACCUCCAGACUCCCUUUUCUUGA